AUGAUUGGCAUUUCCUCCACCACCGCUCUCAAGGGCCUUUUCCUUGCUCUUGGUGUCACCAAGGUUGCCCAGGCCGGCUUUCUCGACGAGGGAUGUGGCUACCUCAACGACGGCAAUCAGUUCACCUUGCGUGGUGAUGGCACCGUCACGACCUACUGCGACGACAAGAUCUGCGGUGCAUCCUCCUUCUCCGCCAUCAACCUCAAUGACUGCAUUGCCAAUGUUCUUGGCGAUCUCAAAAUCAAGCCUGAGCACCAUACCGGGUCGGAGACUUGCAAGGAUUGUAUUGUCGAUGGCUAUGACAUCAAGUGCCAGUGCAAGACGCUUGCCGACACCUACAAAGAGACCUCGAUCAACGUCAACGAGGUCCUCACCAACUGGAACGGCUACCUCAGCUGUCUUGGCGGCAUCUCGGACUGCUACACAGUCAAGUGGAUGUGCAAGCCCACGGACUGGUGGCCUGAGGGCAACCCUCCCCAGGUUUUCACCACCGACUGUGAUAUCUGGUCUUAG